GGCUGCUUACGUAACUAUUGCAUGAAUGCAAACCUUAACUCGACAAUCGUUGCAAAGGUGUCUCGUCACUCCCCUUCGCAAAGCCCUGCCAUUCAGCUCCCAAAAGAACGUUUAUUUGUCAAGUAGUUUUCCACGGACGUUUUUGUGCACUUGUCUCAGAGUAGCGUCACUACCCGCGUCAUUACCCACGUCAUGUAGUUUGCACACAUCACAACACAGAUCUCACGGACAAGUGGAAAGGCCAAUUUCUGGCACUGGACUUAAGGUCCACUUCAAAGACCCCAAAGGGAAUCAUCUCAAGACGGUAGAGGCUAAUGAAGGGGACUCCUUACUCGAUCUGGCAAAGGAGUAUGAUGUUGAUCUUGAAGGUGCAUGCGAAGGAUCAGUAGCUUGCUCCACGUGCCAUGUUAUCCUUACAGCAGAGUAUUAUGACAAGCUUCCAGAACCAGAGGAUGAUGAAAAUGAUAUGCUUGAUAUGGCGUUUGGCCUUACAGACACAUCACGAUUGGGAUGUCAAGUCAAGAUGAGUCGUGAGCUGGAUGGACUUAUCGCUCAGCUUCCUUCCGCCACUCGUAACAUGUUCGUCGAUGGGGCAAAGCCCGCAAAGCACUGAUAGUUUUUACGUCGAACUGCAUGCCAUUGGCGGCCUUGGGUGCUUAUCAAUCUUUAAUUAUCUAGCGUGGACGACAGUAUUGCCAAACAGGGUAUCCCACGUCUCGUAGUGUUGCGGUGUGUAAUUUGGAUGACUGGGUCAGGGAGACAAAAUCAUAGAUUCAAAAGCACAAGUGCGUCUAGUCUAGUUCUAAAUGAUUCGAAAAUCCCAUGUGGGUUCUGCAAAUGGGAACGACGAAACAGGAUGAAAUGGAUGAGAUGAUAGUUGCAUGAAAGAUCCGGAUUCCUGCUCGUGCAUCUUGUAUCCUCCCUCGUCAGAUUGUCUCAUAUUGAUCCCCUCCCAAUAGGAGUUGAGGGAGAUUGCCAAUGACAGG